UAGACCUGUCAGGAACAAUAAAACUAUGUUGUUCUUUGGAAAUGAAGAAGUCAGUGAUCGCAUGUAUUAUAUCGGUUAUCCUCUCAUAUUUUCUGGGAUAUACUUACUUAUAGUAAUGUUCGUUAUCAAAUUGCUAUGGGGAACAACUCGUUACUGCAGGAGUACAUCUCGCCUGUUUGGCAAGACAGUGAUUAUCACAGGUGGAAAUGCGGGUAUAGGGAAGGAGACAGCACUCGAUUUGGCCAGGAGGGGUGCUCGGGUUAUACUCGCCUGUCGAAACCUUAACAAGGCUAAACUAGCUGCACAAGAAAUCAAAGAUCAAACAGGAAACUACAAUGUGGAUUAUCAGUAUUUAGAUCUGUCUGAUCUAACUUCUGUUCGAAAAUUUGCAGAGCAUAUAAAUGGAUCAGAACCAAGACUAGAUAUCCUUAUCAAUAAUGCUGGAAUUGCUUCCGAGUCAGAAAAUGGGCUGUCUUUAACUAGUCAGAGGUUUGACCUCAUUUUUGGAACCAAUUAUGUAGGUCAUUUUCUACUAACCUACCUACUGUUGGAUCUGCUGAAGAUAUCUUCCUCAGCACGCAUUAUAAAUGUCAGCUCUUUCAUGCAUAAAAUGCAUUGGACACCUCUCAACUUUGAUGCUGGGCCCAACAGGGAGGGAAUGCGGUACCCUAACUUGUGUCAAUACAGAUGUAGUAAGCUGGCUAACAUCAUGCAUGCCCGAGAAUUGGCAAAAAGAUUGGCUGGUACUGGUGUGACAGCUAACUCUCUCCAUCCAGGUGUUAUCAACUCAGAGAUCUGGGUUCCCAUGAAAUCAAAAUGGUCAUGUCUUGUGUUUUUCUUAUGGAAAUUUGUACUAAGGUACUUGUGUUUAGACAAUAGAGGUGGCGCUCAAACCAGUAUAUUCCUGGCAGUAGAUGAGGGUGUUAUGUCAAUAUCAGGAAAAUACUUCUCUAGGAGUGUUGUUUGUGGUGAAAACAAGUUGGCGAGGGAUGACGCAGCAUGUGAACGCCUUUGGAAUGCAAGUCUAGAUAUGUGUGGUCUAUCACAAUGAUGUAUUCAUAUGUGUUUAGUUUAAUAAGAAUUAAGUGAACCUUUGUGAAGAAACAUUUUAUUUUAAUCUUUAAAAAAAGUCCUCUUUUAAAUUAGUCUUUAUUAUAUACAUGCAUGCAUGUAAGAUGUUAUUCAGGUGGAUCUUCACAUAUUGUUUAAUUUAUAUAGAUGUCAUUAAUUAUAUUUUUUAGUUUUCACCAGAUAUAUAAGCUGUAAAUUUUACUAUAUCUGUAUCCCCAUUCAUAAAAGUAUCUGGAUACUUUUUCUGACCAUCAUAAAAGUAUCCCCCCCCUUCUAAAAUAUUUUAUUUUCCCUCAACAUCUUUUUUCAUUAACAUCAUACAAGGUUAAUUGGAGGAAGACAACUACAAAACUAGUUAUAAGUAGCUGUACAGAUGCCAUGGUGACUUAAGUAGGUAAUUAGUUAAUUGACCAUGGUCAAGUAGUACAUGUAUUGCAUAACAGGAGAGCAGGGACCACACCUGCCAGUGAGUAGACCUGCUGGGUACAGGUAAAUUUACCUGUGUUUCAGUCUAUCACACUGUACAUAAAGACAGUGCUGAACCAAUCUUCUCUAUAAGGAUUAUCAUUUUGUAUCUAAAAUUAUCAUACAUGUAUAUAUAUAUAUAUAGGGUAUACAUAUAUGAUGGUCAUCACAAAAGUAUCUAGGGGAGGUAUAUAUUUAACAAUAUACAGCAAUGACAGGUAUCAAGAGAUAAACACAAUCAUGGUGUUAGAAUUGGCACUGAGCUUUAAUUUGGAAAUAUUUGAAAUAUCCAAUCUAGAGGCUUGUAUGACAUUGCUGGGCUUUCUGAUCCAGGUGAGUGAUACAGGCCCUGUGUGCCUCUUGUUUUUGAACACAUUCUAUAAAGCCUGGUGCUUUCUACUACAUGUGGCAUUAGAUAUGAAAUUUAUGAUACAGAGUGACUAUUUUUUUUUUCUUUCUGUUUUGUAUUUUAAUGAGCCAAGGACUGAUUCCUGUGAAUUUAUGUUGAGC